AUGUACAAAGAGGCAAUAGAAAUCGAAAAAUGUCCAGAGAAUUUUAACAGAGAAGACGGAUGGACAAUAAGCAAAACUUGGUUACCCAUAAUACACCAGACAAAAAGAAAAUCAACUAACAACACUGAAAACAGUACAAGAAAAAGUUACUAUCAACGUAAUGGAAAACUGUCGGUGCAGAAAAGGAAGACCAAAAUGCCAAGAAUGUCAAAAACAACAAAAACAAAGUCGUCAACAAAAACAUCAGCAAAAACAAGAUACCAAUGCGAAACAAAUGGCUCAACUUCAUCCAGCUCAAGUUCGAGCUCAACCAGUAAAUCUACCGCAAACAGUUCUAGUUCAUUAUCAAAUGUAACACCUGUUACUACGUCUAGCGGUGAAGAUAUAUUUGAUGUUUUUACGGCCUACCCGGAAGACACACUAUCAACAUUUUUCGAAAAGAAGGGAUUGACUGAAUUAGAAAAAUUGUACACUAGUUACAAUUCAUCAAAAACGUCUGAAACCGAAACGGCAUUUAAAGAUUAUUUGUAUGAAUACUACACAAACAACGAUAGUCUGGACACCGAUAUUAACGAUCUGAAAGAAUGCGAAACAAAUGGCUCAACUUCAUCCAGCUCAAGUUCGAGCUCAACCAGUAAAUCUACCGUAAGCAGUUCUGUUGCAUCCACAUAUUUUAAUUGA